AUGCCCACACGGCUCCUUCAGAUUUGGCAGCGCCUUUUAGCCUCUGGCCUUUACUUAGGUGACCAUAUGUUUCGAGAAAAUGUUCAAUGGUCCUGCAUUGGCAAAGCCAACCGGCUUAUUGUCAAGCCCAAUUCUGAUGCACCAGAUGAUGCUUCUCCAUCUCCUGAAUCUGGGCCAGAUAUGGCAGUUCUUAGCUCUGUCAUACAGAUAUCUUCAGGUGAUUACUAUCUUACUGCUGAUGGUGGCUACAGGGGAGCUUCCUCCUUUUGGCCAGAGUUUGCCACUGUCAAGCCUUCAUGUGCUAAUGAAUGGCCUGACAUUGAUCCAUUCAAGACCAAUUUUAAUGUUGUUAAGGAGAACAUCAAGUGGUUGCAGGACAUUGCUACAACUGACAGCUUUGUCCUUAAACGUGGCCUGGUUCCUCCAUACACUGAUAACUUUCACUUCAAAUCACUUCAAUGUGGUGAGGCAGGCUUUGAUGAUUCUGAGGAUGCAGUGGAUUCCACAGAGGAUACUGAGGAGAACUCUGCUAAGGCUGACCUUGAUGGCAUAUUUCUCAUUGAAAAUUGGCUGGCCUUCAAUGAUGCUGCAAAGGGUGGUCUUGAGGAAAUCAAGAAAACUCAUCGUGUAGUGCCCAUUCUGGCAUAUGAUAUGAAGGGGAACCUGAUUGAUCCACAGCAAUACCACUGUGCUCUUGAAGGUGCAACUGUAGAGUUACAUUUCACUCUCACACACUGGUCAUUCACUGCAAGGAAGGACCAGCCAGCAACCAUGGGUGUCGACACUUAUACAGGUGACAUUGUAAUGAUCCGCAUCAUUGCUCCACCUAUCUAUACUCCUGGGACACCCUCUAAGCGCACUGUAUUGAGAUUUUUCAAUCCUAACGAGUUGCCGACCAAGAAGAGCCAUCACUAA